CGGCUCCCGGCUCGGGCUCCGGCCUCCGGCCUCCGGGCUCGGCGGUGCGGUCCCCGCAGCAGCGAGGCUGGGCGGGCCGGCGCCCCACGCCCUCCCGCCAGGCCGCCAUGCAGGGCCCCGCCGGGAACGCGAGCAGCGGACUGCCGGGCGGGCCGUCCUCCACUGCCGCGUCCGGGGCGGGCCGCUGUGAGAGCGGCGCGCUCAUGCACAGUUUCGGCAUCUUCCUGCAGGGGCUGCUCGGCGUCGUGGCCUUCAGCACAUUAAUGCUCAAACGCUUCAGAGAACCAAAACAUGAGAGACGUCCAUGGAGAAUAUGGUUUUUAGAUACUUCCAAACAAGCCAUAGGGAUGCUGUUCAUCCACUUUGCAAAUGUGUACCUGGCAGAUCUCACUGAAGAGGACCCUUGCUCACUGUACCUCAUCAACUUCCUCCUGGACGCCACUGUGGGCAUGCUGCUCAUCUAUGUGGGAGUGCGCGCUGUCAGUGUCUUGGUAGAGUGGCAGCAGUGGGAAUCCCUGCGUUUUGGUGAAUAUGGAGACCCUCUGCAAUGUGGGGCCUGGUUUGGGCAGUGUGCCCUUUACAUCGUGAUCAUGAUCUUUGAAAAGUCCGUCGUCUUCAUCGUCCUUCUUAUACUUCAGUGGAAAAAGGUGGCCCUACUGAAUCCCAUUGAAAACCCAGACCUGAAACUGGCCAUCGUCAUGCUGAUCGUCCCCUUCUUUGUCAAUGCAUUGAUGUUUUGGGUAGUGGACAAUUUCCUCAUGAGAAAAGGAAAGACGAAAGCUAAACUAGAAGAGAGAGGAGCCAACCAGGACUCAAGGAAUGGGAGUAAGGUCCGCUACCGAAGGGCGGCAUCUCACGAGGAGUCGGAGUCUGAGAUCCUGAUCUCGGCCGAUGAUGAGAUGGAGGAGUCCGACGUGGAGGAGGACCUCCGCAGACUGACCCCACUCAAGCCUAUGAAGAAAAAGAAGCACCGCUUCGGGCUGCCUGUAUGACACAUUCCAUGCUGGGGGUGACAAGUUUGGGGCCAGCCAGCUGCUGGGUCAGCAGGUGGUCACCCCGCAGCAUCAUCCCUUCCCUCCUCUCUCUGCCCCUCCUCUUCUACCUCCACUCCUCUCGCUGUCUCUGCCCACUCUCUGCCCACCCCCAGACUACUGUGACUUAAAAAGAGGGAACAGGAACCAGCACCCAAGUGGGCCGUGGGCAGCUGGAGGUCCCCGCCCAGUUGCACUACAAACACUGACCAAAUAUGCAAGCAAAGAGCUUUGUUUGUUUGUUGUUGUCUUGCACAGUGUUGUGAGGGACCCCAAAGCCCCUGUCCUGUGUCUGACCAGGUGGUGAGGUACAGGAAAAAACAGGCCCACACAGGCCCACACAGACCGCGGGUGGGUCUCUCCCCAAGGCUGCAGGCAGCGAGGACACAUGACGUGCUUGGGGCUAAAGUCACUCACUGACCAAGUUGGAACCGGAAUGCUUUCUUACUCAAAAUGGCUUUUGUAACUCUUGAUUUCUAAAGCCGGUUUUAUGAGCUAUGACAGUGUUAACUGUUUUUUGAGUAUGUGUUUAUUUCCUACAAAGUACCUAUGGGACUAAUGGGCAAAACCUAGAUUUUUAAGUCUUCCGUAUGCUGUUUGACUUUUAUAUUUUUAAGUUAUAUUUUCAUACUAUUGUAUUUAAAAACUCUUUUUAAUCCCCAAAGAAAUGGAUUUGUUUGCCUUUCAUGGGGUAUGAGCUGUGGGAGGAAGAAGUCAAGAGUUUUUCUACUUGGGAUAUUGUUAAGUAAUGUCCUACAAUGAGGCAAGUGACCCCAGUGGGCAAGGUGGACGGCCUUUGCCUGGAAUCAGAACCCGUGGUUGUGGAAGGUCAGGUCUGUGCAUGAGGCAGCUGGUCUGAAGGUGGAUCUGCGUGCCCCAGAGUGUGUGGAACAGGAGGGGAUCUGCCAGGACCCCAGUCACUUCUGCUGGCAGGUUAGAGGUCUUGGUUUAACUGGUAAAGGAGCCUAAGAGUUAGGUUUUUGUGUCCAGAGGAAUCAAGAGCAUGGGCUGCUCGUGUUUGUUCCCUGCCUCUCCCCUCAAGUGUAAAAUAGUCCCAGCCUCUUAGCCUCUACUACAGCAGCCUGCAGAGUCAAUCCUCUUCUGGUGCCUGUCACCUGCUGUUAUCUGCUCAUUUUACAUGGAAGUCUGGAGAACAUCCACACGGCCAGACGAGCCUGUUUUCAGUCCCCCCUUCCCCACUCUGCAGAGCAUGGAGGCUGGGGUGGGCAGGUAGAGGUGAGACAACCUGCUGUCUAAAUCCAGAGGCUGCAGCCCCUCCUCACAUGGUAGCACCUGCUCUUCAGCCUGGCCACAGGCCCCUGUGGCUCGGAGAGUUUGCUGAAUAGAGGUGGAGCUGGCUGAGCCCAGCACUUUCCUGCUGUGGAAGCAGCAGGGUGGAGUUGCCCAGUGGUUUGUCAUGCCAAGAGGCAGCCACAGAUCCUUAGGAACAGAAAACUAUAAUGAAACAAAAAACUAUAAAACAAAAAACUAUAAAAACGCUAUAAUGCGGGCUACAAGUGAGACAAGCGCAGAGGCCAUUCCACUCAGAACCAUCUUUUUAAACCUGUGUAAAAACAUGUUCCUCUUCAACAUAAUGGGUCUGAAUAUGUUUGUGGUAUGUAAGCCAGACUGUUGAACCAGGCACCUGGAACUGUCGUCUGCUGCUGCUUGUGGUCCUGCCUGUCUUGGACAUGGUGGAAUAGCUUAGGGAGGCCCUCUCAGCCCCUCUUCCUCCAGGAAUGCGGAAUCACUGUGAGGAGCAGGGACUGUAGCUGUGCAGUAGGAGGUGACUCCACCAGUGUGGGGAUCGCUGCCAGAGGAGGGGACAGGCUGGCAGUGAGCGAGAUGGAGCCUGCGCAGGUCCCACAAUGCUCCUGCUCUCAUUCACUCUCUUUGGUUCCUCCCAUUCCAUAACUGUGGUCUUUCCCUACCACAUCUCCACGUCUCCAGUGGGGGCUCUCUUGGGUUGCCCAUCCCCAGACUACUGUGACUGGCAAGACCCAAGACUGGCAUUUCUGGGGAGACUGUCACUCAGAGUUCAAGCUUCAUGUUCAGUCUUGAGUUCCCAGUGUUUCCAAACCAGGUUCAGGGGUAGGGGACCACUGUCUGUAAAAGAAGGAAACUUGGGGUUGUGUACACCUCAGAGGACCUCAUAUCCAGGCUUGUCCCAGCAUCCACUGAACAGUGAGCUUGAGGGACAGAGGUAGCAAGUGAGUGCUGGUGGUGUCCUGUGUCCUGAUUGUUGUUAAUAAGGGCUUGAGUCUCUGAGCUGCAGCUGUGUAACUGGUUGACAAGGGUGGAGGUCGAACAGGGAGUCUGUCUGAUCCCAGGGGCCUCUUGGUGUGUGGGCUUGGACGGUGUGGCAUCAUCACAUGUUAGGCCUUCCCAUCCUCCUGUGCCCUGGGAGAGCCUCCAGCUCUCUAGUCACUGGGGCUCUUACAUGGCACACUCUCCCAUGAAAGCAACACAGAGAGCUGUGGUCAGGACUUCCUCCUGAGCUGUCCUCCCUCCCUGGGAUGAGUUUCCUCACCACCUGCUCCGAGGUGCCUUACGAGGUGCAGCCCUUCACUGGCUAAUGGCAGGCGUCACCGUGCUUGAGAAAUGAUGGGAUACUGACGGAAUAUUGUAUACGGUCAAUCUGAUUUGUCCAAAUCUGAACCUUGGCCAAGCCACCCACAAUGGAAGCUUGAAAUCAAGGUCAGGAACAGGUUUCUUGUAACUAUUGAAAAUAAACCAAUAUGGCAGAACUGUGAUCUGAUUGGAAAA